CCGGUGAGCUUUUGGCUUUUUGGCCCUGUACUAGUUUUCUUGUUGGAUCCUCGGUUUCAAACAUUACCUGGUACAUGUACCUUACGGUCACUCGCACAAAGCACGGUCUGGUCAUCAUCGAACACCCUAAGGCUCUCUCUAAACACGAACUAUGGCGCUAUCUACCAUCUGGUUCAACGUGCCCUCCACUUUACAGACGUCACUACUGCAGCUCAGCCGAAAGAGUCAAUUGUGGAGGGACCUGUCGUCGGCGAGGGCCCCGUUGCCAAGGCCAAACAUUGCCGCUUCCGGAAACCCGAACCGGCCUCGUAUCCACUUUUCCGGCCCCGGUCCGGGACUCGAUCCGGACUUGAUUCGAGACUUGGGCUUCACAAGUACAAACACGACAGUGAAUUCGAGGGCGGUCACGAUAUCGGCGCUAUUGUUUGUGAGGUCGAUGCUGCCGAGAGCCUCAUUGUCCGGGGCAUCGAACGGGGGAUCUGUCCUGACCGUCUCCACAAACCCUGGUUGCAGAACGGGUCCGACUCGCUUCGCUGCGCGGAUCACGAUUUCGCCCGGGGACUUUUGGUUCGGAUGACGAGGCCACGAGGAAGUCUGCCCGUGAGCGGACGACAAACACCGCAUUCUCGGCUGUGGGACGAGUGCAGUGCAAGGCUCUCCCCUUCCCGGUACUCAAGACAAGUGCAGGCUUGAACUCUCGCUGAGCCUCAACCCCCUGAGGAACAAGCUGGCGGGCUAUGAUUUGUCUGAGGUGUUUCACCAUGUGCUCUGGGCUCUCGAGGCUCUUCCAAAUUCCAUGUGGUCAGUCAGGCUGCGCAGACAAAGAACGCGGUGGGCCUAUGGGUAUGACAGGCCCAUCUUGUGGAUGUGU